AUGCUUCAACGUAAUCAAAAAAAUAUAGGCAUGGCCCAAGCUUUACUCAACUUUAAACUUGAAGAUACUAUCCGUCAUUAUAAAGUACUGCAAGUAAUAGGCAGCGGAGGGUUUGCUAUCAUUGUGCAGGCAUAUGACACAAAGCACAAGAGAGAAGUUGCAAUUAAAAUCAUUUCAAGAUCUGCAGCUGCAAAAAACGAUUAUCUAUUGUAUUUAGAACAAGAACUUAGGCUAUGUACGCGCUUUAAUCAUCCAAAUAUUGUUUAUGAGAUUUUAUAUGAGCCUGACACAAUUAUGAUUGUUAUGGAAUACAUACCUAAGGGGGACUUACACUUCAUUGCAAAUAAUUCUUUUCAUAUAUCUUGCAAAUUAAAAAUACAAAUUGCAGAAGGAAUACUUAAUGGGCUUAACUAUCUCCAUAGUAGAGGUAUUUGCCAUAGAGAUAUAAAGCUUGAUAAUAUAUUACUUGAUGAAAACUAUAAUUCAAAAAUUAUUGAUUUCGGAUUGUCCUGUGAAAACCCAAACCACCUUGUAACAAUAUGUGGUACUGAAAACUAUAUGGCUCCAGAGAUUUUGAUAAACUCUGAAUCAUAUAAUGGAAAAAAGGCCGACAUUUGGUCAUUUGGAGUACUGUUAUACGCAUUAAUGAAUGGAUGA